AUUUAUCUCCUCCUUUUCACUCAUUGAUGUCUGAACUUUGCUUCUCGUUGCUGUUCAAGUAACUCGUUCCUUUUCUCUCUCUUCUCUCCUCUCCCCACAACUCUCUCUCUGUAUCUCUCUGUAAAAUCAACGAAAGGGGACAGAAACGCCGGAGAAAAAUCAUGUCUUCCCCGAGCAAACGCCGAGAGAUGGACUUGAUGAAGCUGAUGAUGAGUGAUUACAAGGUGGAGAUGAUCAACGAUGGCAUGCAAGAGUUCUAUGUGCACUUCCAUGGACCAAAUGACAGUCCUUAUCAUGGAGGCGUGUGGAGGGUAAGGGUUGAGCUUCCAGAUGCUUAUCCCUAUAAAUCUCCGUCGAUAGGCUUCAUUAAUAAGAUCUUCCAUCCAAAUGUUGAUGAAAUGUCAGGCUCAGUUUGCUUGGAUGUUAUCAAUCAGACCUGGAGCCCUAUGUUUGAUCUAGUGAAUGUGUUUGAAGUGUUCCUCCCACAGCUUCUUUUGUAUCCAAACCCAUCGGAUCCAUUGAAUGGGGAAGCAGCAGCUCUAAUGAUGCGGGACCGAUCUUCUUAUGAACAAAGAGUGAAAGAAUACUGUGAGAAAUAUGCCAAGCCAGAAGAUGUGGGAGCUGCCCCGGAGGAGAUAUCUAGUGACGAGGAGAUGAGUGAGGAUGAGUAUGACUCAAGUGAUGAGGCAGUGGCAGGUCCAGUAGACCCAUAGGCCCUUGCGCUUCUUAACUGUCUGUAUUUGUACAUAAUAUUCUUCCAGUUUAAAUCAACUGAACUUGAAAAAACAUUUAUGGGGACAGAUGGAAAAAAAAAAUCCCAUCUUUGUCUGUUAAUUUCAUCUAUGAAUGUGAAUAAAUGUACUGCUAGUUUCAUGUUGCAUAUGCUUUGUCAUUUGAUCAUUGUUUGUUAUUGGCAGCAAGUGGGGAUUGUGGUUGUUCCAAGGGCAGUCAAU